CUGAUAUGUUCUGUGGAUAUGUUGACGUUUCACAAAAAUAAACAGUUGUUGCAAAAAUUGUUUAUUAAAUUAUAUUUAAGUUAAAAAUGUUUAAAACAAUAUGCCUGAAAUUUCUCAGGAACUUUUACAAAAUGUAGUCAAAGAAGAGAUACAUAAUGUGUUGGAACACUACCUCAAGUUGGAAUGUUCACUAGAAGAGCUACAAGUUUCUAUAUUCUCUAGGAGACAAGAAAAACAAGAAUUUAAUAAGAAACGUAUAGUAUUAAUUGUCUCGUUAACGUUUUUGCUCACUUCGAUAAUCUACCAGUUAAAUAUAUUCAGCUUUAUAUUUGGAAUACGAUGCGUUAUUCCGAACAAUUAUUUUAUUUGGGAAGCAACAAGACCAAUUUCAGACUGUAAUUUUUGCUCAAAUGUUACCAAACCUGUUAUAUUGCAUAAUGUUAGUAAAGAAACGUUUAAUCCUUAUGCAUAUUCCUCACAACCUAUUGUUGCAAGGGGCGCUUUUUUAUAUUGGCCAGCUAAGACAAAAUUCAGCUGGCAUUUUUUUAAAGAACUUUAUGCUGACAUAGAAGACUCCUAUAAAAGUGUGGAGGAGGAGUGCCAAUUUCUACAUUUUAAAUCUGAUUUUAUUUCUAUAAAGGAUGUGUUUAGUAUGAGUGAAGCUAGAAGUAAUAAUAAGCCUGGUGAAAGAAGUUGGUAUGUUGGGUGGGGUAACUGUCAUCCAGUAAUUUUACAAGAAAUGAGGAAAUAUUACUCUAAGCCUAAUUUCUUGCCUGCAGAUUCUGAAAUACCUCAUAAAGAGUAUGUUUUCAUGGGAUACGAUGAUGGUGCAACUAUGCAUUUGGAUUUUAUAAAUAGAUUAAUGUGGCAAGCUCAACUAAAAGGGGAGAAAUUAUGGAAUUUGUUGCCACCUCCAGAGUGCCAAGCAGUCUGUAAACCAGUAGAGUUUAAAGUAUAUCCUGGUGAUGGAGUUUUGGUGGAUACCAGAGUAUGGUAUCAUGCCACUACUAUUCCCAAUGGUCAGUUUAGCCUCUCAGUACAAUCUGAAUAUGGUUAAUUUCUUUUUAAUAUAAAACAUUUUCAAGUACUAAGUAAAGAAUGAAAAUAGUUUAUCAAAAUAGUUUUUGAUUUUUUGUAUUUUGAACAUUUCAGUUACUAUAUCCAAGUUUUGAUCAUUAUGAAUUUAAAAUGUAUAUAUACUUCUUUGUAAAGUUAGUCUUGCCAUCACCCCAAAUUAUGUCAUUUCUAUACAAUAUGUUAAUAUUUAUAUAAAACUUAUUUGAAUCGUAGAAUAUACCAAGUGAUUGCGACAAAUAUUUAUCUUUAUA